AUGCAGUCGCCCAGUCGCAUUUUUCAUCCCGCCCUGCGCGUGUACCAGAUCUGGGGCACGCACCAGGGCGUGGGCAAGACUGUCUUCUCGACCAUCCUGGCCUGGGCUGCUGCGCGAUCGAAGCGUGCCAAGGGGGCCCGCGACCAUGUCGGCUUCCUGAAACCCCUCACUAUUGGCAAGCUGCAGGCAUCUGACAACGAAGUCGUGCAGCGUGCCUUCUUUGGGCUGCUGCAGGGGAAAACCUUGCCCACCUUUUUCAAGAGCAGAACCCUCUUCCAUCAAGCGAAGUCGGUCGAAGAUCAGUCUGAGCACGAGACUGCCCUCAAGGACAGGUCUCUCUUGACCGGUAUUCGAGAAUAUGUCGCUGCACAUGCCGACUUGGACCCCCCAGGCGGCUGGAUGUUCCUGGAGACCCUCGACGACCCAGAGUGCCGUCUGCCUUCUGGAAACAUACAGGCAGAUGUCUACAGCCCCUUAGAACUGCCUGCCAUCCUCGUCGGGUCCAGCAGUGGAGACGGCGUGGACAAGACGAUCAAGACCUACGAUGACCUGCGCCGGCGCAACUACGAUGUCCGGGCAGUGGCAAUCUUCAAGGAUGGUACCGAGAACCAUCUGCGGGCCGAGGAGUAUUUCAAAGAGCUUCAAGUCCGUUGCCUGCCCCUUCGACCGAUCCCAGACCACCACCCGGACGAACGCAAGGACCGCAAUACCAUGCGCGAUUACUGGAGCGCGAUGGCGCGGUCGCAUGCUAUCAGGGAUCUUUUGGCCGAUUUGUACGUGACACACAACCAAAGUGUUAUGAAACUCGAAGCUGCCAACGCUGCGUUCGUCGAGGCCUUCAAGGAUGGACCUCUCGAUACAGCUCCUGGUAUUCCAGCAAACCCACACGAAAAGUCUGUAUGGGAAAGAGAGCUAAAAUUCUCGUUUGCCGUUCCAGGGAAGCACAGGCACAAGGUCUGA